UAUAAUCCAAACCCCCCACAAAACAACAGAUAGAACGAAGAGUUUGAUAUUGUAGUUGUGAGAGUGAAGCGCAAUAAAGUAUCAAAAACUCACACAAACAGAAGAUUCCCAAACCUGUUCCCCUCGGCCCAACCCAAAAAAAGGAAGCAGCUUGCGGACCCAAAUGGCAUCCACCUCGCCGGAAUCCGCCGCCGCCGGCGAAACUAACGAUUCCAUCCACAUCCGUCGCCUAGAGCUUUCCGACCACGAGAGGGGUUUCGUUGCCCUUCUCUCCCAGCUCUCCGCCUGUCCGGACCUCACCGCAUCCGAGUUCGCCACGCGCUUCGCCGAGCUCGCGGCGCAGGGCGACGACCACGCUAUCCUUGUGGCCGAGGACCCCUCCGCCUCGGACCGGCGGAUCCUCGCGACAGGGUGCCUCUUCGUGGAGCGUAAGUUCCUGCGAGGCGGCGGCAAGGUGGGGCACGUGGAGGACGUGGUGGUCGAUGCCGCCGCGCGCGGCAGCGGUCUCGGGCUCCGCAUCGUGCGCCGCCUCGUGGAGAUCGCCAGGGAAGCCGGCUGCUACAAGGUCAUCCUCGACUGCACCCCCGAGCUGCGUGCCUACUACGCCAAGUGCGGAUUCGUGGAGAAGGGUGUUCAGAUGGCCGUCUACUUCUGAGUUCCGAUCGACUGAUCAAGAGAUUCAUUGCUAAGGAGUGAUAAGCAUAUGCCCUUGUUCUGCUCAAAGACCCCAUCUAAAUGUGCCAUGAUUUUUGGCGGUUUUUUUUUGACAAUUUAAAAGCUUCCUUACAGCUGUAUUAAUUCUUUAUACAAGGACAAAUAUAUGUUCAUGUUUUUUUGUCUUCCUAUUAUGUUUUUGCGAGGAUCA